GAAAAGACGAAGAGUUGUGCUAACAUCCCUUGCAAAACAGAACAAAUUCAGUAAAAGAACGGAGAAAAAAAAAAAGAGAAGUCCCUCCCAUUCGUCGCUAAUCACAAUCCCGAUCUCCAAGCAAACCCACCUCCCGUCAGUUCCCUACUCGCCGAUCCAGAUCUCCUACAGCUUUCCACUCCGCCACUCCAACCGGACGCCUCCGCCGUCGCCGGCGGCGGUCGAGCCACGCGCGCACGCCGCUGAGGAACCCGGAGAGGGCGGCGGCAAUGGAGCAGCUGCGGACGUUCGGGCGGGAGCUGGCGAUGGGGUCGCAGGGCGGGUGGGGGCAGUCCAAGGAUUUCCUCGACCUCGUCAAGUCUAUCGGCGAGGCGCGCUCCAAGGCGGAGGAGGACCGCAUCAUCGCGCGCGAGCUCGAGCACCUCAAGCGCCGCCUGGCCGACCCCGACGUGCCACGCCGCAAGAUGAAGGAGCUUCUCCUCCGCCUAGUCUACGCCGAGAUGCUCGGCCACGACGCUUCCUUCGGCCACAUCCACGCCGUCAAGAUGACCCACGACGAGUCGCUACCGCUCAAGCGUACCGGCUACCUCGCCGUCGCACUCUUCCUCGACGAGCGCCACGACCUCGUCAUCCUCGUGGUCAACACCAUCCAGAAGGACCUCAGGUCGGACAACUACCUCGUCGUCUGCGCAGCACUCACCGCCGCGUGCCGCCUUAUUGGUGAGGAGGCCAUCCCCGCCGUGCUGCCCCAGGUCGUAGAUCUGCUCGUGCACCCCAAGGAGGCUGUGAGGAAGAAGGCCGUCAUGGCAUUACACCGGUUCUACCAGCGAUCCUCCUCCUCCGUUUCCCACCUCGUCUCCAACUUCCGCAAGAGGCUAUGUGAUAAUGAUCCAGGGGUAAUGGGUGCAACUCUAUGCCCCCUCUAUGACCUGAUUUCGGAGGAACCAAAUUCGUACAAGGAUUUGGUUGUUAGUUUCGUUAACAUCCUCAAACAAGUUGCUGAGAGGAGGCUUCCGACUUCCUACGAUUAUCACCAAAUGCCUGCACCAUUUAUUCAGAUAAAACUAUUGAAGAUACUUGCUGUGCUUGGCAGUGGUGAUAAACAAGCAAGUGGACAUAUGUACACUGUAUUGGGCGACAUAUUCAAGAAGGGUGACACUGCGAGCAACAUUGGCAAUGCUAUACUGUAUGAAUGCAUAUGCUGCAUUUCAUCCAUUUUCCCAAACCCUAAGAUGCUAGUGGCUGCAGCUGAAACAACAUCAAAGUUUCUGAAGAGUGAUAGUCAUAAUCUUAAGUACAUGGGCAUUGAUGCUCUUGGCAGGUUAAUAAAAAUAAAUCCAGAUAUUGCAGAAGAGCACCAGCUGGCUGUCAUUGAUUGCUUAGAGGACCCAGAUGACACUUUGAAGCGCAAGACAUUUGAGCUUCUUUAUAAGAUGACAAAGUCAACAAAUGUUGAGGUGAUUGUUGAUAGGAUGAUUGAGUACAUGAUCAACAUAACUGAUCAUCAUUACAAGACAGAAAUUGCAUCACGUUGUGUCGAACUCGCAGAGCAAUUUGCGCCUAGCAAUCAGUGGUUCAUCCAGACCAUGAACAGAGUUUUUGAGCAUGCUGGAGAUCUUGUCAACAUCAGAGUGGCACACAAUUUGAUGCGGCUAAUUGCUGAAGGCUUUGGAGAUGAGGACGAAGGUGCUGACAGUCAGCUAAGAUCAUCGGCUGUAGAUUCUUAUGUCCGCAUUGUCGGAGAGCCAAAGCUUCCUUCUUCUUUCCUUCAGAUAAUAUGCUGGGUGUUGGGGGAAUAUGGAACAGCAGAUGGAAAACAUUCGGCUUCUUAUAUUAUUGGGAAAUUGUGUGAUGUGGCAGAGGCCCACCUCACUGAUGACACUGUCAAGGCGUAUGCAAUCUCAGCAAUUCUGAAGAUAUUUGCGUUUGAAAUCGCUCUUGGAAGGAGGAUUGAUUUGCUGCCUGAGUGUCAAACAUUGGUAGAUGAAUUGUUAGCUUCACAUUCAACAGACCUGCAGCAACGGGCAUACGAGCUACAUGCUUUACUAGGCUUGGGCAAAAAUGAUGUUGAAAGUGUUAUGCCUGCAGAUGCAAGCUGUGAAGAUAUUGAGGUCGACAGAAACCUCUCAUUUCUAGACAGUUAUGUGCAGCAAGCCUUGGAAAACGGUGCAUCACCUUACAUUCCAGAGAGUGAACGCUCUGGUCUUACAAGUGUUGGCAGCUACAGAAGCCAAGAACAACAGGAAACAUCUGCCCAUACUCUUAGAUUCGAGGCCUAUGAGAUGCCUAAACCUUCUUUGCCACUAGCAACUUCACAAACCAGCAUGUCCACACCAAAUACUGACCUUGUUCCAGUUUCAGAGCCAGGCUACUAUAAGGAAGACCAUCAAACAUCAAGGCCUCAACCACCAAGCGAUGCGGUUUCUGGUGAGUUUGGUGUCAAACUCCGCCUUGAUGGGGUUCAAAAGAAAUGGGGAAGGUCAACAUAUUCCUCUUCCACACCCUCAAGCUCGAUGUCCAGUCAACAAACAACAAAUGGGGCCUCUCAUUCUGAUGGGGGAGGGCCAAGUUCACAGCCACGGGAGUCCUCAUACGGUUCGAAGAGACAGCAGGGCACAGAAGUCUCAGCAGAAAAGCAACGGCUGGCUGCUUCGCUUUUUGGUUCGGCAGCAGCUAGAGCUGACAGGAAAGCACAAGCUUCUCGAAAGACAGGGAAGGACAGUCCCUCAACUGAGAAAGUAGCUACCACUAAUGUGGCUGCCCAGUCUGUUAAGGAGCAAGUAAUCCCAGCUGCUGCACCACCGCCUGAUCUGCUGGAUCUGGGUGACGAGACAGUUCCAUCGAGCCGUCCAUCGGCUGACCCUUUCUCACAGUUGGUGGGUCUUCUUGGACCAGCAUCUGCUGCUCCGGCGCUUUCUGGGACUCCGGCUACCACUACCAGUACUUCCAAAGCACCAGAUCUUAUGUCAAUCUUCUCAGAUGAUGUACCAACUGGAGUGACUAGUAGUGGGUCCACCGAUCCCACUCCAGGUGAUGCUAUUUCGGUGAGCUCCCACAAAGGAGCGACGGCAGUGGCACCAAAGAAGGGCUCGAGCCUUCAAGAUGCCUUGCAAAAGGACUCGACUGCACGGCAAGUAGGUGUGACACCGACAGGGAACAACCCCAAUCUUUUCAAGGACUUGCUAGGCUAAAGGGGACAGUAAGGCACACCGUAUGCUCCGCGUGGCCUCUUUGGGUAGAUGGAGUUCAUCUCCGACAUGUCUCGAUCACUGAAACAGCGAUGAUCUCGCUGUUUGAUCAGCGUAGGAAAAGGGUUGCAACUUGCAAGGGCUAUAUUUGUUCUCGAGUCACAAGACACGACCUGUCCUCCUUCCAGUUGGGAGGGGGGUUGCGCUGUUGAGAUCUGUGAAUGGUUGCGGGUAUUUUUCCUUUAACCUCUUGUGAUUUUGUGCUGAGACUAUUGUACAUGUGUUUACAUGACGUGUAAUCUGUACAUGAGACCGUGGUACAGAAGCGUGUGCCGGCGCAUUUUUGUUCAGCUGGGCUAGAUACACUACAAUUGCUGGGCACUGGAAAGUAAAACAAUGAAAGAAUUGGUGUCAUUCUCUGGCUGGAAUAAAAAUAUAAAACGGUAAAUGUGUAGUGUUGUUUAUUGUUGAUGAAAACAGUCGCAGAUUUGUUUUUGCAACUUUUAA